UGAUCGAAGAAAGAGGAAAAAGCCCAGAACUUUACAAAAAGCUCAUUUAUGAAAGUCAAGUCUCGUUUCCGUACUUGAUUAGUGGUAAUCUGGCAUCAAAGAUCUCUGGGUUAGAUCCCAUCCCAUUCGAUUGAUCUUUUGUUCAAAAGGCUCACAGAGAUCUGCCCAACGCUACUCCAAGGCACAAACCUUCUCACACAGUCUGAACAGCUGAAGGCCUGAAGCUAAUGGAGCUCUAUCCCGUCGAGAUGGCGUUGGCGGUAGCUGUGGGAUUUGCGACAAUGACACAUUGGUUGGCUUCCAUGGUUGAAAACCGUGAGUCAGUGUCUAAUGAUAAUCGAGAAUUGGCCGACGUGGAUCCCCCUGCAUCUCUUCUUUCAUCAGCUGAAUCAUCGUCAGCUUCCAUGGUUGAAAACCCUGAGCCAAUGCCGGAGGAAAAUCAAGAAUUGUUCCCCUCUCCAUCUCUUGUAUCAUCAUCAGCUCCUUGGCAGAAGUAUGAUGUUUUUCUGAGUUUCAGGGGUGCAGACACUCGUACGGGUUUUGUAUCCCACUUAUACCAUGAAUUGCAGGCUGUGAGAGGGAUUCAAACGUUCAUGGAUGACAAAAAGCUUGAACUAGGGGCUCCUAUUUCUCGAAGUCUGCUAGAGGCAAUUGAAGAAUCAAAUUUUGCAAUUGUUGUUUUGUCGAAAGACUAUGCUCAAUCUGCAUGGUGUUUGGAGGAACUUACAAAGAUUUGUCAAUGCAUGAAAAACAAUAACAGAAUCCUACCCCUGUUUUAUCAUGUCGAACCUACGGAUGUGCGGCAUCAAAAGGGGACUUUUAGAGAUGCUUUCACAAAUCAUGUGAAAAAUGGGUGGCACAGUUCAGAGAAGAUGCAGCAGUGGAGAAAAGCUUUAAAAACAGUUGCCAGUUUCUCUGGGAGUAAUGCAAAGGAUCAUCAGAAUGAAAGAGAUCUUGUCGAAGCCAUUGUGGAAUCUGUGUGCAGUAAAGUACGACCUAUUGAAAUUGAGUUUAUUAUUUCCUCCAGAGAUUUUGUACCAUUUAAAGCAACCAGAGAAGCCAUGGACAAUGUAAUGAAGGCGCUAAAAGAUGAAAAGGUCACUGCCGUUGGGGUGUACGGCAUGGGAGGCAUUGGAAAAACAACCAUGGUGGAACAUGUUGGUGUAGAAGCCCAAAAAAAGGGGAUUUUCCGUCAGGUGAUUAUGGCUGGCAUAUCCCAAAAGCCUAACUUGUGGAAUAUUCAAGACACAUUAGCAGACAUGUUGGGUGUGAAGCUGGUGGAUGCGACCAUAACUGGAAGAGCCAAAACACUGAGGAAGAAGAUAAGGAGUGGAAAUAGGAUCCUUAUAAUUUUGGACAACAUUUGGAAUGAAAUACAGUUGACAGACAUAGGAAUUCUCAGAUCCAACGAGCUUAAAAGAUGCAAUUCCAAGGUCCUACUCACAACAAGGAAAGGGGAUGUUUGCUAUCGUAUGCAAUGCCAAGCAAGCAUUCGUCUCAAUACCUUAACUGAACAAGAUUCUUGGAAGUUGUUUGAGAAGGAAGCAAGAAAUUCUUUUGAAACGUCGACUUUCCAUAACAAAGCAAGGCAGGUAGCAGGAGAAUGUGGUGGUCUUCCAGUUGCAUUGAAAGCAGUUGCAAAGGCACUUGGGGAUAAAAAGUUGGACGAAUGGAACAAAGCUGCUGAGCGACUAAAGGUGUCUCAACUUCCCCACCCUGAAGACGAGAAAGUUGUGUUCGAAUGCAUUAAGUUAAGCUAUGAUUACUUGAAAUCUGAUGUUUCAAAAUCAUGCUUUUUGCUUUGCUGCCUAUUCCCAGAGGAUGAUGAUAUCAAAAUUGAAGACUUGCUGAAGUAUGGGAUUGGGAAAGGAUUGUUUGAAGAGUCCAACAUGCAAAAUGCCAGAGACACAAUACAGACCGUUGUCGAGUCUCUUAAAGAUUCAGGCUUGCUUUUGGAUGCUAAAAAAGAAGGGGGAUAUGUAAGGAUGCAUGAUGUCGUCAGAGAUGUUGCCAUACAAAUUUCCUUACAAUUUUUUGUAAGAGCUGGUUGUGAAUUGCAGUAUUGGCCAAGGAUUGAUGCAGGUAAAGGCUACAUUGCAAUCUCACUAAUGAAGAACAAAAUAUGCACGCUUCCUGCUGAACACUUGGUAUUUCCAGAACUUCAUAUUCUCUUGUUACGAAGUAAUGAUAUGGAUAACAUCCCAGUUUCUUCAUUUGAACGUCUAGAGGCAUUAAGGGUCUUAGAUCUUAGCUACACUGGCAUUUCUUUACUACCCACAUCAUUCAAUCUCCUAACCAGCCUCCACACUUUGUAUCUAGAUUGUUGCUGCUUAUCAAGGAUAAGUAACAUAUCCCUACUUGGACAGUUGAAAAAGCUUGAGAUUCUUAGUAUGAGAGAACUUCCUCUUUUGAAAUUGCCGAAAGAAAUAGGACAGUUGACCAGACUAAGGAUGCUGGACUUCACUAGUGUCUGUGUUGAUAUAGUUCCUUCUAAAGUGAUAAGCAACCUCAAUAAAUUAGAGGAACUGUACAUACAGUGUUAUUUUGCGGACUGGGGGAGUAAAGUCAAGGGGAGUAAAGCAGAGGGGAGUGAAGUCAAGGGAAAUACAGUUGAGGAGAGCGAAGCUGAGGGAGUAAGAGAGGAAACUAAUGCUUCCUUUGAUGAGUUAACUAGCUUGUUACAUCUACACAUUUUGAAGGUUUUCAUAUCUGAUCCAAAAUGCUUACCUACAGAUGUUGAGGUUAAGUCUAAUUGGAAAAGUUUUGACAUAUGUAUCUGUAGAGACCGGUCAAUUAGAGAAUUGCUUUUGGAUCCAAGAUCUCCACUUAGAGAAUUGCUUUUGAAUUCAAGUUCUCCACUUGAUUCAAAAGCCUUGACUCUUGACACAACCAUGGAUACCUUACCGCAAUGGUUUACUGAUGUGGUGAACAAGAAAACGGAGAAGCUACAGUACAUAAACUGUCAGGGUUUAGUUAAUGUUCUUAAUGAAUAUUACCAAGGGACAUUACAUGCACUUAAGUAUUUACAUGUUAUUGGUCCCAGUGAUAAAUUGGAACAGUUGAUGACCCCAAUAACAUCGGUUCCAAAUGAACCUGUGUUUGAGAAUUUGGAAGAGUUGCAUCUCGUUGAAGUGAUUUGUCUGAAGGAGUUAUGUGUUGGUGAAUUACCAAAUGAGUCUCUAUGCAAGCUUAGGUUACUGAAGGUGAGAGGUUGUCAUGAAUUGAUGAAUGCACUUUUACAAUCUAAUUUGCUGAAGAGACUAAAAAAUUUGGAAAAACUAAGUUGUGAAGAGAUGGAUAAAUUGGAGUAUGUGUUUUCAUCUGAAGGGUCUGAGGUAGAACAAAAUACUCUGACAGAGUUGAUAGAGAUGAGAUUGGAGAAUCUAGGGAGCCUAAUAAAGAUAUGGAAUGGUCCUGCUCCUAGUGAAAUCUUUUGUCAUCUUAAAACUUUGGUAGUUUUCGAGUGCAAUAAGCUGAAAAAUCUUUUCACAUCCAACAUAGCUCACCAUCUUCAUGACUUGGAAGAUCUUUCAGUAGAGGCUUGCCUAGGGUUGGAGAGAGUUAUUGAAGCAAGUGAGGAAACAGUGAACGACAAGAUAGUUUUACCAAAAUUGAAGAAGUUAGCUAUGAAAAAGCUUCUUAAGCUUACAAGGUUCUAUGGUAGUACUGGAAGUGCUACUAGUGAUGAAGAAUAUGUUGAGUUUCCUUUAUUGGAACACUCGCAUGUGGAACGCUGCCAUAUUUUCAAUUCUCCAGCUAAGGACAUGUUGGUUUCAAUGAUGAAUAAGCAGCCUGUUUUGAUUCCUAUGCAAGAGACAGGUCCGAGAGACACACCAACUUUAAGCAGAAGAAGAUGAGAGGUUCCUAAAGAAAGAAGGCAUGGCCAUCAAUGACAACAUGUACUGUUGCCAUCAACAUGUUGCAGAACUACCAAAUCUGGGAAAGCUAGUUUGUGAGAAAAUGGGUGACAUCGGAACACUUGUAUGUGAAGAACUGCUCCAGCUUGUCAUUUCCAACCUCUGCAUCUGACUACUUCUAAAGGGAGAGGCCAGAAAAGGCCAAAUCAUGCUUCUUCCUUUGUUGCCUCUGCCCAGAAGAUGAUCAUCAUGGUAUUAUCCAAUUAGCAGACUUUGUGGUGAAGUAUGGAUUUGGAAAAUGCCAGAGUCGGGGCAAAUUCAGUGGUUAAAUACCUUACAGCUUUUCAUUCCACAGACUGAAUUAGCCAUAACAACGUUCAGUUCAAUGGUGAUGAACAAGCGGAAGAAGGUUUCGAUUCUUUCCAAGAUACAGGUCAGAGAGAGGCACCUACUUUAACCGGAUCAUCAUUCCAGAACUUUGUUGACUCUUGUUAACCGGAUCAACGAAAUUGUCCAUAGCCUAUUAGUGAAGAAGAAACAGCACAAAGAGAUGUUCAAUGGUCCUGGAACAUCCCUCAUUUGGCAAGAUGGAUGUCAUUGCUAUUUUACAUGACAUUAUAUUUGGAUGUACUCUUAAGUUUUUGGUUUGAUUCUGUUGCUUCACAUUUGCCUCCGAUUUUCAUUUUAGGAAACUGCAUGUACGGACUUUUACAUGUUCUUUUUCCCAGGACAUAACAUGUAAACAUCUAUGGACGUAACUGAUUGAACUUGUAAUUUUUCUC